AUGAGGCUGUCACAUGUGGAAGCUCGUAUAGAGCAGCAACUCGCGCUCGCUGAUUUGAUUGCUGGUGCAUAUGAUUGUUUAAUUAGUGUUGGCUUGAAUAAUGUAAAUUUUCAGCGAAUCCGGACGCGACUUGCUGCUAUGCAAGAAGAUUGGGAAAGGUUUUCCAUUGUGCAUGAAGCAAUUAUGAAUGCCAUAAAAGAAAUGCUUCCUGAGGAUAGGUUAGUCGCGCGGAGUCAACUAUAUUUCACAAAUAACAUGUUUGCCUCUACGCGCGAGCUCUAUUUGGAGAACGUUGAGCGAUUUAAUUUGUUGAUUGAUGCCGAUCGCGGAACCUCAUUCGAUUCGUCUUCUGUUCGUCUUGAUGCUAAUGCUCAUUUCGGAAAGCCAAGUUAUCAUCAAACUAGAUUACCGCGAAUAGAGCUGCCAAAAUUUAAUGGCACUUCCGCAGAUUGGCUUCCAUUUAAAGAUUUAUUCAAUUCCUUGGUAAUUGCCAAUCCUAGCCUUUCUUCUGUGGAAAAACUUCAAUAUUUAAAGACUUGUUUGAUCAGCCCGGCUGACCAUCUAUUAAAGAAUAUGGCGGUUACUGAGGGCAAUUUUCAGAGAUCUUGGGAUGCACUAAUUGCAUUCUAUGAAAAUAAGAGAGUUUUAGUGAACGCUGCUUUGCAUUCGUUGCUUAGUUUAAAACGCAUGACUAAGGAAUCCGCCGUAGAAAUGGAACGUCUUUAUACAAGUAUCUUACAGAUAUAUAGAUCCUUGGAAAAUCUUCAACGACCAGUUGAUUCAUGGGAUGACUUCCUUGUCUUUAUUGCGACACGUCUCGACUCGGAAUCGGUGAAGGCAUGGGAGCAUCAUUUGGGUGCUACUAAGGAACCACCUACUUGGUCACAGUUCACCGAAUUCUUAAUUUCAAGGCUUCGCUCUCUUCAGGCUUUCGAGAAGUCUCGCGCUGGAAAAUCUCUUCAAGUACAACCAACAACAGCCAAAACUCAUUAUCAAGGAAGAUCCAGUCGGAAUGACUCCAACAAGGAAAACGGUUGUCCUAUUUGUUCGGGCAAGCAUUAUACAUCAUCUUGUCCUCAAUACAGCACGAAGACGGUGCCGCAAAAGAAGCUAGUUAUAACCAAGUAUAAAUUAUGCUUUAACUGUUUGGGCUCCCAUCGAAUCGCAGAUUGUAAAUCAACCAGACGCUGUUUUAAGUGUGGUCUCCGGCACCACACCACUCUACAUGCAGGACCUUCAUCUACCAUAUCAAUUAAGGAGGUCGGUAAGGCGUCUGAUAAACCUGCCACCAUCAAGCAGCCAACUGACGAACCUCGGACUGCAAUAUCAGCGGUUACCUCCAUUGCGCCCAGCCAUAGAGUAUUAUUAGCUACCGCUCGAAUACGAGUGACAUCUUCCAAUGGUCACACGACCAUAAUAAGAGCCUUGAUUGAUCAAGGAUCGGAAAUCUCUGUAAUUUCGGAGCGAAUUGUUCAACGAUUAAACAUGAAGAGGAACCGUUCAUCUCUUUCAUUGAUUGGAAUUGGUGCUAAAACCUCCAAUAGGACUAAAGGUGUUGUCAACGUUACACUCAGUCCACAUUUUGAAUCUGAUUUUAAGUGUGAGGUCGACGCUUACGUACUGGUUAAACUUACCUCAUUCGUUCCGUCGGUUCAUGCCGGUCAUAAUUGGUGGCCGCAUUUGGAAGGCUUACAAUUAGCCGACCCUGAUUUUGCUCAACCUGGAUCGACCGACCUUAUUCUAGGUGCGGAUGUUUACGGAACCAUUCUACUUGAAGGAUUAAUUAAAGGCUCUUCCAAAGCUCCGAUUGCUCAAUAUACAUCCUUCGGGUGGAUAAUAUCCGGCUCUACAGGCCUUCCCAUGGACCACGAGAGUGCCUUGAGUGCUCAUGUGGGGAUGGAGGAGGAUGCGAGCUUAAUUUUGCAGAGAUUCUGGGAAUUGGACGAAAUACCGUCUUCCAAGGAUUCAUCUUUCACUCCAGAAGAGCAAGCAUGUGAGAAUCAUUUUCAAAGGACGCACUCUAGAGAUCAACAGGGUAGAUACGUAGUAAGAUUGCCAUUCAAGGAGUCUACCAAGCGCCUAGGUGACUCAAGGAAAAGGGCCACAUGCCUUAUUCACAAAUUAAAGCAACGUCUCGAAUCGAACCCUACCUACUCUAAAAUGUAUUCGGAUUUCAUAAAAGAGUAUGCUUUAUUACAACACAUGGAACUCGUACCGGAUACUUCAAUGGAACCAUCUCACACCUUUUACUUGCCACAUCACGGAGUCUUACGGGAGACUAGCCUGACUACAAAAUUGCGAGUAGUCUUUAACGGAUCUAGUAAGAGCACCUCAGGAUAUUCCCUGAACGAUUUACUCUAUGUCGGUCCUAAACUGCAGACUGAUCUUUUCAACGUUUUAAUAUGGUUCCGCCAGUUCAGAUACGUAUUCUCAUCUGAUAUUGAAAAAAUGUUCCGGCAGAUAAAGGUACAUCACGAGGACUGGAGAUAUCAACACAUUUUAUGGAUCAAUGAUUCGAAUCAUUUAGAGACUUACCAAUUAACUACGGUAACCUAUGGUAUGGCAUGUGCGCCGUUUUUAGCAUUGCGUGCGAUUUCUCAACUCAUAAUAGACGAAGGUAAUCAGUUUCCUCUAGCAGUUCCAACACUUACUCAAGGUCGUUACGUGGAUGACCUCUUUGGAGGUGCUGAUACAGUCGAAGAAGCACAAGUCAUUGUUCAACAAAUACACCAGCUUUGCACGGCGGGCGGAUUUCAUCUGCAGAAGUGGACUAGUAAUAGCUCUGAAAUCCUAAGCUUUAUUCCUGAGAAAGAUCAAAUCUCCCGGUCUUCAGUGCCCAUUGAAGAAAAUUUAAUAGUCCACUCACUUGGACUGGCUUGGCACCCGGGGACCGACAGUUUUCAAUUCAACUUUCAGAAUACUUCGACGCAAAUUCCAACCAAGCGGAUUGUGUUGUCGACCAUUGCAAAAUUGUUUGACCCCCUUGGACUUCUUUCUCCAAUCACUAUAUUAGCCAAGAUCCUUAUGCAAGAGAUCUGGACCUUGCGUUUACAAUGGGAUGAACCACUUCCUACAAAGGUGGCAAACAAAUGGCGUUGCUUCGUUAACAACUUGCAGGACUUAACCAAACUCCGCUUCCCCAGGUGGCUCGGGUUGAUAUCACAUCAACGCUUCGAAAUACAUGGAUUUGCUGAUGCAUCUCCCGGGGCCUAUGCAGCAGCAGUUUACAGUAGAUCAAUUACCAGUAAUGGAACUGUUCAUACGCAACUUAUUUGCUCAAAGACGAAGGUUGCUCCUCUGAAACGUAUGACGAUACCGCGACUGGAACUUGCUGGGGCCGUUCUUGUAACCAAAUUAGUAAAGCAUCUGUUACAGAUUUUAAAUCAAGACAGUAUCACGAUUCUUCUGUGGACUGACUCCACUGUCGUCUACACAUGGAUUACGAACCAUCCGUCACGGUGGAAGGAUUUCGUGCAUAACAGAGUCUGUUAUAUUCAAGAAGCUUUACCACAAGCACAAUGGAGUCUUGUCUCAGGACGAGAAAAUCCAGCAGAUCUAGCCACUCGGGGACUUACACCCCUUCAAUUAGCCGAGAAGGACUCCUGGUGGGUUGGUCCCACUUGGUUAUCGAAACCAUCAGAGUGCUGGCCUCGGAAGCCUACCACUUUGGAAAAUGAGGAAGCGUGUGAAGAACGACCUCGUAAUAUAUUGACCACUGGUGUCAAUUGUGACAAAAGUUGGGAUCUUUUGUACAGAUAUUUAACACGACUAAUUAGAAUUACGGCAAGAUGUCAACGCAUAAUUAAACGUUUGAAAAAGGUUCCUAAUUCCUCCUUGCUUCACCCUAUCACCACUACAGAGUUGCAAGUUGCGAAACUUUUCUGGGUAAAACUUGUACAAGCUUCGGCCUUCUCUCGAGAACUUCAACUGCUUUCCACUGAACAAUCGCUACCUUCAUCUCAUCCACUUAAACGACUCACCCCUUUCAAAGACCAGGAGGGUAUUUUACGAGUAGGAGGACGCCUACAAGCAUCAUCACUUAAUGUGGAGGCAAAACACCCAGCGAUACUUCCGAGGUAUUCGCCACUAUCCGAUUUGAUUAUCGCCGAUGCUCAUCUUCGAACAUUGCAUGGUGGAACACAGGUUACCUUGUGUGAUUAG